AUGGGUCUCUUGAUGUUGGCUUUGUCCUUGCAGCUGGGAAUUACUCUAGCGCAGGAUUAUGUUUCCGACAUUCCGUCCGGAUUCAACGCAUCGCAAUGGGCUUUGAUAUCCUAUCAAAACCCUUCUGCCUCUGUUCUUCCAGGCUCCUUCAACCGCUCAGUGUUUGAUGCCCCAUUCGAAAGCACAACAUCUGACUCGUCUUUGAUACAAAUCAACAAUUUUCUUAAUACCACUGACUUUAUUGCUUACGAUGACAAGUUCUUUGACAUAAUUGGGCCAAAUGCUGUCGUGGAUCAUGUUCAGUACCUCGCAUUCCAGAGCCACGAGGCAGCGUGUUACAACCCGGAUGCCAAAGAGCUCUUUUUCGUCGAAUGGGGCCCUCCUGGUGGUCUUGCUGGAGAGCAUUCCUGGCAAUACAUACUGGAUACCGAGACAAAUGUUCUUCGUAAUAUCACAACCAACCCACCAACUACAAAUGUACAUGGUUGCGUCUUUCACCGUGGUGCAAUGUAUGUGGUAACCGAUGGUAGCCACCAAGAAACAGGAACUCUAGUCAGAAUUGACCCAGGAAGUCUGAACAAGACGGUACUGCUAAACAACUACUACCAACAACCUUUCAUGGGUUUCAACGAUUUGGAUAUUGACCCGGACGGCAACUUCUGGCUCACCGACUCCAAAGCUGCCUAUGGACGGUAUCUGACUGAGUUCUACCCUCCAACCAACCCUACAGUAUACAUGGUUAAUGGAACUACAAUGCGACCAAAGGUUGUGCACAUUACCACUGGAAAUGCAAACGGCGUCGCUGUAUCGGCUCCAUCCGAUGGCCCUCGACAGCUCUAUUUGCCUGACACGGGUGUCUCCACCUUCAGGACAGUGUCGCUCAAAGACCCAUAUGGAGACCGCAGGCUGACUGCCUACGAUGUCGCAGCCGAGGGAGGUGUCUUGUCCAACCCGCGCCUGUUGAACAGUCCUAUUUCUUACUUCUACGAUGGAAUCCGCGUCUCGAGGAAUGGUUACAUCUUUGCGGGCGCUGGCGAUGGUGUAGACGUGAUUGACCCUAUCACUGGACUUACUCUCGGCACUAUCCGGGUGGGCGGAGGAGAGAAUUUGGCUGUCACCCUUGCUUUUGGCGAGCAUGAGUUGUGGAUUGUAGGGAGGGGUGGAGUGUGGCAUAUUGGCGAUGCACUGGUCAAACUGAAAUAUCCAUAUGGCGGAUUCCUCGACGGUAUCAAGAUGUUUUCGCCAGGCGCCAUUGGCCGAGUAUUCGGCCCUGCCAUUACUGUGCAAAUGGUCGAGAUGAGCGACACAUCGGCACCAAAACUCGACAAGCACUUUGUUGAUCACAACGAGGAUGGAUCAAUCAUGUACAUUCAGCAGCCAAAGGGUCUUCCUUCGGCCUGCUGGGGCGGUUUGAUGUCCACCCGUGCAAAGUUCCUUGGGGCUCAGGCUGUGGUUAUUGAUGGGCGGAUGCGAGAUGUGAGCGAACAUCGUGAAAUGGGAUUCCCGGUUUUCGCACGCGGCAACUCGAUCCUAGGAUCAAAUACCUUUACCCGGGCAUCUCGAGUCAAUAUCCCACUGCAGUACAAGAACGAUUUAUGGAUCAAUCCAGGAGAUCUGAUGAUUGCUGAUGAGGAUGGAGUUGUUGUGACACCCCCGUCGCUUGUGGAACAAGUUGUCGCUCUAUGUCAGGAACGCGCGGAAAUUGACGAGAAGAUGUUUGUGGAGUUGCGCAAAGGCGGUGCUAUGGGGGAACUGAUCAAGUCUCUACGGAAAGAGAAGUAG